UAGUUAAUCAACCAGAUUGCCCAGCUGAGCAAUCGGGUGGCAUUUUGUAAAUAAGUGUUCUUCUGGGGGCGGAGUUAUAUUUGAAAACUGAAGGCGUUAAACUAACGCUUGCAAACGGACGUUAACGGAAAGUAGCUCAACUCUACUCUUGACUUAAAUUGGGCGGCUAAAUCACAAAAAAACUGGUAUUAUGUCAUAAAGCUUCUCCUUCCCCCCUCCUCCCAUUCGUUUCUCUCUCUGCUAACCCCUCUCUUCAACCAGAUCGGCAACUAUCAAUUUCUGGUAGCCGACGACGCGGGCUGGCCAAGUAUUCAUGCAAGGAGUGUCGAUUUAACGGGCAGGAAGAUGAGUAGUACUCGAACGCGUGGGAAGUUUAAUUUGAAUGAAGUUGCUGAUAAUGAAGUGCGUAGCAGUUCAAAUAGUGAGGUAGAUGAUAGUGAUGACAUGGAUUAUAUCGUUGAAAAUAAUGGUGAAGAGGAUGAUGAACAAAAUUCAAAUGUGGUGACCAAUACGUCUAUGAAACGGAAGAGGGGGCGUCCUAAGGGAUCGAAGAACAAACAGCAGAUGAUUGGUGAAAAGAAACUUAAUAAAGAGAAAGUCGUGCUGGAGACGCGAGUAUUCAAGGACAAUAGUUUCACGAGGGGCGGCGAAGUGAAGGAGGCUGGUGAGGUGUUGAUAGUCCUCCAUGAUGAAUAUAAAGGACGGGCUCCCACCAUACAUUGCAAGAUUGAAGCGUUUGGCAAAAUGAUGCAAAGGUUUGACAACCGAAGGAGAAACUGGGUUAAUGAAAUGGGAUUUGGUGGGCUUUACCAUUUGUGCGGGAAACAUUUGCCCCGGAACUUUGUCUAUUGGCUGAUGACUCGGGUUGACCCUAUUAAUCAGAUUUUCUCAGCCCCGAACGGAAUAGACUUCCCCAUGAGCAAGAACCAGAUUCGUUGGAUAUUUGGACUCCCGAUUAAGGGGAAGGUCAUUCCUAUUUCGGAAAACGAUGCUGAUGAAGAAAUGAAAGCCAAGGCACAGUUUAUACUCGGGGCAUAUGGGAAGACGUGGGAGAGUGAUCACCCAACUAAUACUGGGGCUGUGAUAUCCACAGAUGCUAUUCCGGUGAAUCCUAAAUUUAUCCAAAGACUAGAGGGUACUUGGGAGGACAAAGAUGAAGAGGAGUUUAAGACGAUGUUUUUGAUAGCUGCUGUAGAAAUGGUGCUAUGCCCAACACAAUGUGGAAGAUUGAGUCCAAGUUUGUUAUAUGCCUGUUCACUUGGAAUGCAGGCACGAGAAUAUGAUUGGUGCAAGCUUGUAUAUGAGUUCUUCAUUGAGAGGGCCAAAGUGUUCUGUAGGGACUUCUACACAUUUGGUUGGACCAAAGGAGUUGGGGGUUGUAGCAUGUACUUAGUGAUAUUUUAUCUUGAUCGAUUGAAUAGAAUGCCGUUGCAGUGGGGAGUAUUCCCAAGGCUGAAGGCAUGGGAUAUUAAUGACCUUUUGAAAGCAAGGCAAGCAGAUAUUCUGCCAUCAGGGGAUUACGGAAAGAUUGGGUGUGUUGAUGUUGCGUAUGGGGAUAGACAACAUCCGAGGGCUGCCCGGGAUAGUGAAUGUCCUGAUGAGGAGGUUUUAAUGCCAGCCAUUGAGAAGGAGAAAGUUAUCUCAAAAGCGAGGAGAAAAGGGAAAAGUGUACGGAAUCCUUUCAAAAUCAGGAAUCCUCAGCCCAAUCCGCAACCAACUCCGCACCCAAGUCCGACACCCGAUCCACAACCAAGUCCUCAACCCCAUCCGCACCCAAGUCCUCAACCCCAAACCCACCCAAGUCCUCAACCCCAUUCCCACCCAAGUCCUCAAACCCAUUCGCAAUCUGGUCCACAACCAAGUCCUCAACCUCAUCCGCACCCAAGUCCGCAACCCCAUCCUCAACCAAAUCCUCAACCCCAUCCUCACCCUAGUCCUCAACCUCAACCCCAACCCCAACCACAACCAAGUCCUCAACCAAACCCGCAACCCCAACCGCAACCUACUCCUCAACCAAACCCGCAACCCCAGCCACAACCUACUCCUCAACCAAACCCGCAACCCCAGACGCAACCAACUCCUCAACUAACUCGUACACGAGGUCAACGACGCACACCAUUAUCACCACAUGAGCUUAAUGCUCCUGUUGUAGAUGGUUCUCCCAAGUUAGCAUCGUAUAAAAACGAUGAAAAGCGUUGUGAAGUUAAGACCUUACGUAGGAGUCCGAGAAAGAAUAUGUCGGCAAACAAAACAAUGUCUAGUAAACCGGUUCAAGAGGAAGUUAUGGAGAAAUUUUCACCAUCCCAGUCAAAUAAGUUAGGGUUGGAUGGUGGGAAUGGAGGUUGUUCUAGUGGUGGUAGUGUUGUGAUUGCACUUGAAACGCCAAUGGGCGUAGAGAAAACGGUGGUGGUAUCUGGUAAAAGUACGGGCGUAGAUAAGGCGAAUAAGAUUCUGUAUUUUCAAAGAACUCGACCUCGCCGUGGAAGGAAAAAGAAGACCUAUUUAUCGUUAUCGGACAUUGCUCGGCGUUGGUUUACAAGCGAUAGGAAGAAAUUUAGCUAUAACUUAGUUGAAUUUGUCAACCACAAUGGUGGAUCUCUGUCUGGUCGGGGUAAUUUAAAAGGAAUGAGGCGCUUGUUUGUAUCAUAUAGUAUGUGUAAGAUGAUCAAGUGUGAAGAUGGUAGUAAUGUUAUCAUGAACCAGUGCAAAGGGGUGACACAACUAAACGGUUGUGUCCAUAAGCAGUACGUAGACACUGUUGCGAAGUUGUACAAUUCAACUUGUCUUGAGAAGUACUCAGGGAGGAGUUUACGGUACAUGUUGAGUUCCGGCUUUGCGGUAACACCCAUUACACAGAAUAAUUUCGUAUUACUCACACAUUUUAAGCGUGUGUUGCAAGCCCUUUAA